UGAAUGAGGAAAAUUGUAUAAAGGUCAGGUAUUAUGGGAGAUGAAUUCAGUCAAGAUGAUUCGAGUGAAUCUGAUGGUAUUUAAUAUAUGUUUAUUUCUCCUUUCACGAGUUGGCGAAUCGUGGGCACAGUCAGAUUCUUGUAGGUACCAAGGUCAAGAAGUAACUGGGGAAUUCACUAUUCCUGGUUUCUGCCUUUUAUACAGGUGCAUACCAGGACAAGGUGUUACAGCUAUCGGAUGUGGCAUAAGAAUACCUCCUGAAGGCUGCUAUAUAGAACAUCCAGAUACUAAGAACUAUCCAGAAUGCUGUUACACACGUGUAGUGUGUCCAGGGCAAGACCCAAAUUUAUCCAUUAACACGAAUGCUAAUCAAACUAUACAAGGUCUAACCUAUGGUCUUCCUCCUGCACCCUUCACAACCAGUACCACCACACAGCAAAGAUAUUCAACUGAAAGACCCCAAUUGGUUAAAACCUUGACACCACCCCCUGCAGGUGGCGUCACUCCAAUUUUCCGACCUAGAACACCUCAAAAGAAGAGACCUGACGAUGGUUUCAAGGAACCCCUCAAUAUAUACGACCUGCGUAUUGACGAAAAUCAAGGAAGUGGUUACUAUUAUAGAAAAUAAACGAUUAGGGAAGAUCUUAGUUGACUAAUACAGGCGUUAUGCAGUUGGAGCUAGAUUUGAUUUUACAAUACCUAAUAAUUUACUAUAAAAAAAUAGAUAAUAUAAUUAUAAUUCCUUUUACAACCAGGCUUGUGACCUUUAUAUAUUUAUUCUCAUAAAUAUUAAAAAUCUAUUUUUUUUUUACUAGAAAAUUCCCAAGUCAAUGAGUAAUUGUUAAUUUAGUUUCGACAAAAUUAGUGCAAAAUGAAUAAGAAAGAAGAAGGCUUGAAAAUUAUGAACUCUAAACUUUCACGAAUGUAUCGCAUUCGAAUCCUAUAAGUAUAUUCAAUAAAAGUAGCUUCAAAUGUGAAUUUUUCGAAUCUUAUAUUUAUAUAAAAUAAAACAAUUAUUAUGUCCACUAAUA